AAUGAAUUAGAUGAGAAUGGCUUUCGUUUCCCCAAUGGCAAAAAUGGUGGCACUGACUGCAGUACAACGCCCUAUCAAACACCCAAUGGUUCGUCGGCGGACUACAACGAAUUCGAAGAUCACGUACUGGAGACGCGCGUACGUCGUGUCACCAAGAAGCUAGAAGCUGAUCUGCAGUUGCAGCAGCAUCGUCGCUCUUUUAGUGAAAACAUCAUUCACUUCCCCCUGCACACUACGCCUAGCGACAAGGCGCGUUGCCACCAAAUGCAGCGACAGCGCUCGUCCACACACUCUCCAACGCCACCAGCUCAAUCGCGCAUAAACGGUGGUAGUGAGCACGCAUCAGCAUUGGAAGCCAGCGUUGCUACGGUCGCAGACGAUGCCACACAAGCAACCGUAGCCGCAAAAACGCUACCGACGCCGCAAACGGCCGCACUAACGUUACGCAAAGUCGCGGAGACAAUGUGCUUGAAGGACCCGCACUACAAGCCCAUACGUUCCGAUCACAAUGGCGUCAAGAGCAACCCAUUCACAACGCUGGCACAGCUGCGUGGCGUCAAAAAGAUACUAGGUGCCAAUCCAAAAACCUAUGCCGCCGGUGUGGGGGAUUUGUUUAGUUCAUGUUUUGAGAUGUCAGCGCCGUUCUUCAAAGAGCUGGCGGCUGAGUUGGCCAAAAGCACAAACAAAACGGCGACAACAAGUGAGGUUGGUUGCGCGGUCGCAGCCCGUAUGGGUGGUGGUGGCGUUGGUGCUGGUGGUGGUCGUGGACUGCCGUCCGCACCUAACGAACCAAAGAGCUUGCCCUCAUCGCCGCAAUUGACGCGCAAAUUCAGCGUCGCUGAGUUGAAAGCGCAAGGUAAAAACGCGACAGUGGCUACAGCUACCGCAGACUCCCCAGUUGUCGAGGACGACGAUGAUUGCGACGAUUGUGCGUCCGAUGCUGAGCCCGAUGGCGAUGGCGGUGGUAAUUGCGCGGAUGCCGAAUCAAGCAGUGAUGACUCCGCUGAGCCACGUGCUAUGCAUCUUUCAACGCCAGCUGCGCGCAAGUAUCGCGCCAAUUCGCUUUUUACGCAUCCUCUAUUUUUGAGUAGUAGCGGAAACGGGAACACCACUGGAAAUGCUAAUUUGGACAAGGCUCCGGUCACCGCAGUGACAGGAACAGGGUCGGCAUCAACGACAACCAUGAGUACAGCAGCGACGGUUGUAGGGGCUGAUGGUGCGGGAAACGCAGUAUAUUCGACUUCUGAGGAUGGCUGUGAUGAGCGCAAUUCACCGAAAAUGAAAAUUCCUGCAAACAUUGCAGCAUCUAUUAUUGCGUCACCAACGCCAUCGGCCGCGCCACCAGUUGCUUCAUCCGUAGCCACGCCGGCAUCCGUUUCAUCCUGUACCGACUUUGAGUUGCACGAAAUAAAACCAAGUGAUUUGCUGCCGAUUAAAGGCACUCUUACACGGCGAGAUUCCAUCGAAAGUGGAUUUUAUUCGUGUUUCAACGAAGAAUCCGACCCGGCAAUCACCAACUCGACCACUUAUCGACAGCUAAACUGCGCUGGAGCGGGCGGAAGUGGCGCGCUGCCUUUCGCAUGUGGCAGCAACUGCUGCAUCGAACAGCUGAAAGCGCAACUGAUGCUGGAGGCGGGGUCAAACAACGAAAUCAACGACAAAUUGGCCAGUCUGUGUCGUUGUUGUUACUACGCCUGCACGGGCUCGACGGCCGGUCUACAAUCACAGCAAGUUAAUGGCGGCCAACUCUUGACAGACUCAUCAUCAAAUUCCUCCUCGGUGCUGCUAUUCGACCCAGAAAUAAACACGGUAAAUACCUCUUCCUCGGGCGCAUCUCUCUCGCACGAAGCGGCUGCUUUACGUUCCCUCGACGACCUAGAACUGCCGGAUACCGGUCGCCCGCAUCAUCGCCGCUACACCUGUCAUCAUCAUCAUCAUCUUUUAGGCGCAUCAAAUUUACACGAUCCUAAUGUCACAGCUACGGCCUCUUCGACCACCUCAAUCGACAUGGGUCUUAUGAAUCGCUUAGCGCUGGAUGCGGGCAUACAUUCGGUUUUACAACGCAACAAUUUCGCUGUCAAUCAAUUGCUCUACUGCAAGAAUCGCACCUCAUCCAUUUACACCGACAGUUCGGAUGACAUCAGCAGCUUGGCCGGCUCCGAUUCGUUGCUAUGGGACGAUCGUUCCUUCACUGCUAUACCCAGCAAGCGUUCAGAACAAAUCGCCACAAUUGUUGAGUAUUUCGAACGGAAACGACAAGUACCUGACAUGGUGCCACCCAGCCGUGGUGCCUUUCUACGCAGCGGCAGUGGUACUACUAGUGCAGGCAGCACACACACAAGCACAUCGAACAGUUCCGCAUCCACGGCAGCGGCUGCCGCAAUGGCUGCUACCACAUACGGGCUUAGCAAUUUAGGAGCGUACGAUAUGAGGCGCUACACGACAGACUUCAAGCGACAUGCGACUAUGAAUUCCGAUUAUGAAGCGUUCUGUUUCGAUUUGGAUAAGAAACCGACACAGCAGCGCUUGACCGUAUGUGAGGGUGCCNUUAAGUCGAAGCUGCAAAUAUUUGACAAACUGAAGCAACAGCAACAGCAACAGCAGCAACAGCAGCAACGUACACAACAGUUGCAAACGACAAUGACAGGGACAAGAACAACGCCAGCGUCAGCGCAAACGCAGACAAGCAGCGGAGGAGCAUCGAGUGCAGCCUCGUCAAAGUGAAGAAAGUAGGACAGGGCCAACUAGGCUGUAUUACACUAAGCAUUGACUUUGAGAGCAGCAGUAGUUGUUAUUUAUUUCUUUUUAUCAAUUUCAUUACAUAUAAUCUUCUGUUCCAAGGUUUCGCAUCUGUUAUCGCUAUCUGCACUAAUUUAAAGGCGUGAAUCGUGGAAUUUUCAAAAUAGAAAGUUGCUGCUGCGCAAAGAGCAUACAAAUUUAAAAUCAAAAA